GAGAGAGGGCAAGCCCAACACCAAUGCGGAGGCUGGGGAAGGCAAGGAGUCUGGAGGACCAGCGAGGAGAGGUGGAAGAAGCCGGUGCCAGCCCAGGACCCAGCAGCCCAUUGAAAGCCUCUGCAGGGGGUCAGGCGGCAGCCACAGCUGCGACCAGAGCCUUCCACGCUCAGGGGCGGCGCCGGCCGAGGUGGGGCUGGCGGACAGAGCUCCUGACCAGCAGCCGCUCUGCGACCAGCGACAAGCCCGACGAGCCCGGGCAUGGAGGAGGGCCCGGUGCCAUGAAGCCGGCGCAGGCUGUCGCCCUCUGGUGGCCGCUCGUGCUGCUGUCCGGGCUGCGCGCCGCGGGAGAGGCGGCCCCGGGAGAGGCGUCCUUCUGCUACGGGACCUUCCCGCCCGGCUUCUCCUGGGGCGUGGGCAGCUCCGCCUUCCAGACGGAGGGUGCCUGGGACCAGGACGGGAAGGGGCCCAGCAUCUGGGACGCCUUCACGCACGGCAGGAAGAGGCAGGUGCUCGGCGACGAGACGGCCGACUCGGCCUGCGACGGCUACUACAAGACCCAGGAGGACGUCCUGCUGCUGCAGGAGCUGCGCGUCUGCCACUACCGCUUCUCCCUGUCCUGGCCCCGGCUGCUGCCCACGGGCGUCCGAGCCGAGCAGGUGAACGAGAAGGGGAUCAAGUUCUACAGCGACCUCAUCGACGCCCUCCUGAGGGGCAACGUCACCCCCAUCGUGACCCUGCACCACUGGGACCUGCCGCAGCUGCUCCAGGGGCGAUUUGGCGGGUGGCAGAAUGCCAGCAUGGCCGGCUACUUCCGGGACUACGCUGACCUGUGCUUCGAGGCCUUUGGCGACCGCGUGAAGCACUGGAUCACGUUCAGCGACCCUCGGACCAUGGUAGAAAAGGGCUAUGAGACAGGCGAGCACGCACCCGGCCUGCAGCUGCGCGGCACCGGCCUGUACCAGGCGGCACACCACGUCCUCAAGGCCCACGCGCAAGCCUGGCAUUCAUACGACAGCAGGUGGCGCGGCCGGCAGCGAGGCCUGGUGGGGAUUUCGCUCAACUGUGACUGGGGGGAGCCUGUAGACAUCAGUGACCCCAGGGACAUCGAGGCUGCUGAGCGAUACCUGCAGUUCUGUCUGGGCUGGUUCGCAGACCCCAUCUAUGUGGGUGACUACCCUCAAGUCAUGAAGGACCGCAUUGGAAGAAAGAGCAGGGAGCAGGGCCUGGACCUGUCGCGGCUGCCGGCGUUCUCGCGCCAGGAGAAGAGCUACAUCAAAGGCACCGCCGACUUCCUGGGGCUGGGCCACUUCACCACGCGCUUCGUCACGGAGCGGAACCACUCAUCUCGCCAGGGGCCCAGCUACCAGAAUGACCGGGACUUGGUGGAACUCGUUGACCCAAACUGGCUGGAUCCGGUGUCUCAAGGCCUCUAUUCCGUGCCCUGGGGGUUCAGGAGGCUCCUCCACUUUGCCCAGACUCAAUAUGGCAAUCCUCCCAUAUAUGUGACAGAAAAUGGAGCAGCUCCAAAGUUAUACUGUGCAGAAUUAUGUGACGCGUGGAGAAUUCAGUACCUUAAAGAAUACAUCAAUGAAAUGCUGAAAGCUCUAAAAGACGGUGCUAAUGUGAAAGGGUACACUUGGUGGUCUCUGCUGGAUAAGUUUGAGUGGGAGAAGGGCUACGCAGAGAGAUACGGCCUCUACCACGUGGACUUUGCCGUCAGAAGCAAGCCUCGCUACGCCAAGGCUUCGGCUCACUUCUAUAAGAGGGUCAUCACGGCCAAUGGGCUGCCCGGGCCCAGAGAGGUGCAAAGCUGGCAGCAGGAAGCCUUGGAAACUUGCUCUGUCAACAACCAGAUACGAGCUGUGGAGCCUCUGCUGGACCACAUGCGCCUGGCCUCGGAGAUCGCGGUGCCCACGGUGUGCGCCCUCUGCGUGCUCACCGCAGCCCUGCUCCUCACGCUCCUGCUGCGGGGCCCGCGCUGAGACGCUGCGCCCGGCGGGAGGGCAGCAGCCGCGCCCUCGGGGGAUCUGCGGGCCGUCCUCCCCUGCCGCGGGCGCGCUGUGUACGCGUCUGUGGCGAGGCUCCGGGAGAGCUGCUGUCCCUGCUCCUCUUCAGGGUACGUGCCAGGCUUUGAGAUUGGAAAAGAGAAAUCGUGUAAGGGCAAUAAACUCUCCUGUGAUCUCACCUCUGCUGAGGUCGGCCCGGACAUCUGGCUGUACAUCACGCAGUUUCUCGUUUCACAGAAACAGGGCCAGAGAGUACAGUUGAGACUGGGGUUUCUUCACUGCAAAUCUGCCCCAAAGUGGCACUGUCCUGUGUGAAAGACAGCGUCACCGCAGAGACAUGACCCUUUGAGGUUGUAGAUCUUGCUUCCCGCUUGGCGAAAGCACUGGGUAGGCACCAAAGGAAUGAGUGUGUCUACGUUCCUGAGAUCAACUUUUUAUAGUAAAUCAGUUCACUAUUGGCCGAGUGUGAUGGUGCACGUCUGUAAUCCCAGCACUCAGGAGGCUGAGACAGGAAGGUCACCCUUAGUUUGAGGCUGCCUUGACAUACACAGUGAGAUCGAGUUCACCCUGAAAAACAUGGCAAGACCCUGUCUCAAAAAAA